AAGAAAGUAGGCACAACUGGUUUCUCCAUUACUUUCGUUUUCUAAGCAUGGUGAUCAAAAACUCAAGUGAGUUAGAUGCAGCUUCGGCUGAUUCUAAUUAUGACAGGGAAGCUGAAGUUAAAGCAUUUGAUGAAUCAAAAACUGGAGUUAAAGGUCUUUUAGAAUCCGGAGUCACGAAGAUCCCACGCAUGUUUUAUUCUGGGGAGUUGAAUCUCACAGAGAGAUCAGAAAACAACUCCAACUUCGCUAUCCCCAUCGUUGACCUGGCAGGCAUACACAGCGAUUCAGAUCUACACAUUGAAGCAGUUGAGAAAAUCGGAAGUGCAUGCCAGGAGUGGGGUUUUUUCCAGGUAAUUAAUCAUGGGAUUCCAAAUAAUGUUUUGGAUGAGAUGAUCAACGGAAUUCGUAGGUUUCAUGAACAAGAUUCUGAGGUGAGGAAGCAGUUUUACUCACGAGAAAAGAAGAAGAAAUUUAAUUACUAUUCCAAUGUUAACCUGUUCACAAAUAAUCCUGCUAACUGGAGGGAUACGCUUGGAUUCCUUGUGGCUCCCCAUCCAACAAAACCAGAAGAUAUACCAGAAGUGUGCAGGGACAUUGCGAUUGAAUAUUCGAAGAAAAUAAGGGAAUUGGGUCAUACAAUCUUUGAGUUAUUAUCAGAGGCUCUUGGCCUUAAUCCUUCUUACCUCAAUGAAUUGGCUUGUGUUGAAGGAACUUUUCUUCUUGGCCACUACUAUCCACCAUGCCCAGAGCCUGAACUGACUAUGGGCACAUCCAAGCACACGGAUGCUGACUUCAUGACCAUACUUCUUCAAGACGAGCUAGGCGGUCUUCAAGUCCUUCAUGAUAAUAAAUGGGUCGAUGUUCCUCCUGUGCAUGGAGCUCUUGUUAUUAACAUUGGAGAUCUUCUCCAGCUUAUUACAAACGACCGAUUCAUCAGUGUUUUUCAUAGGGUGUUGGCAAGCCAAACAGGCCCAAGGAUUUCCAUAGCAAGCUUCUUCAUAAAUUAUGAAUACAAAGAUGAAGGUACCUCAAGGGUUUAUGGUCCAAUUAAGGAAUUGCUAUCGGAAGAAAACAAACCAUUAUAUAAGGACACAAGUGUAAAAGACUUUUUGACAUAUUAUUUCUCAAAGGGCCUUGACGGGGACUCUUCCUUGCAGCCCUUCAGGUUAUGAAGCAGUUAUGAAGAAUAAUAUCGAAUUGAUCCUGAUGCAGUGUGAUUUAUGCUGUAUAAUAGUUAACUUUCUGCCUUUGGUUUCAGUCAUUUACAGACAUUUCCAAUCUGGCAGCAAGUCCUGCACAAAUUGUAAUACCAAAUCCUUUCCAAUAUGAACUGAUGAAUGCUAAACAUUUCCAUGUGAUUUUUCCCCUUUGAAUAGAAUAUUUUAGUUAUUCA